AUGGCACGCAGCCAGGUAUGCUUGCGGCCCUGGCUUUCCGAGCUAAGCAGGUGUUUGCACCGCGUAACGGAAGUUGGGGUAGUGGCUGGUGGUAAACCGACACAAGCCUUGUUCUCUGGCGAAGGCAGAAUGUGGACUACGGCAACCUCGAUCUUACCACUAUCGAGCAAACCAUACGUUUUGUCCUGUCAGAUGCGGGCGCUUUUCGGCUGCCGACGGAACAGUGGCAGUCAGAAGGUGCUGAAGGAGCAGGCCAGGCCUUCGGAGUCUGGAUUUGAGGGGAUUUCCCGAGUUACGACUAGCGGACCACACAGCCAUGUUGUGUUGGAUUUUGAGGGGUUCAUGGCACGGGGAGGGAGGCCGUAUGACGGUCAUCAGGCCAAGUGCCGGUUGCGACGGCGCGAGAUGGUGUCAGCUUGGUCAGCAUGCGCUCUCAGCAGACUUGGGGGUGGGGUGGUGAUAUGUGGGUGCAUGACGCACAGUCCUCCCCUCAGCCCACACACAGCCCGCCCGCGCCCGCUCUCUCCGCCCCAAACCAGGCCAGUCGAAGCCGCGGCGGCCCUUUCUUCGUCCCCUUUGCACAGACACUUCCAUCUUGACUUGACCCUCACCUUCACCACCGCCCCUAGCACUGAAGACGCGACCCCCCUCGCGCUCUCCGGUGACGCGCUGCACAUACACACCCCUUCACGCAUCCAUAGCGAAACAUCCCUCUCGCUCUCGCUGUCCGGCCCCUCCCCCCACUUCAGCAGCCGACGCCGACGCCGACCCAAGAGCACGGCAAAACCCCGCGCGACAUCUCGCGAACAUUCCACCCAUAUCCACCAGGACCAAGGAAUGCGCUGCUACUCCCCCACAAUCAUGGCUUUUCCCCGGUACUCCAACCUUCCUAAGAUCGAGAAGUCGGGCGACGUUGUCGGCACUGUUCGUCGCGUCUGA